ACAAGUUCAUUUCUGAGAAACCAUUCAAAGCGAAUGUGUUAAAUUAAAUUCAAGUGGCUAACUACAUUUUUUGAAUAACAAUGAGGUUAUUUUUGAUCGUUUUUAUAGCAUUUUUAGUGCAAGUGAAUUGUGAAGCGACACAGAAAAAUAGCACAGUGAACAUUAAUAAAGAUGUCGUUUCCACAACUACCGAAACCAUUGCAACUGGAAACAAAAAUACCAAAGACAAAGACGACAAAAUACUUGGCGCCGUAAAUGAAAGUUUGGAUAGUGAAAGUACAGCGUUAUCCGAAGAAAGUGAGAGUGAUGUUGAUGAGAAGAAUAUGCGUUCAGCACCAACCACGGGCACAUAUGCAAGCGCACCUCAAUCAUACGGAAAACAAGUUCAAGUACAGACAACAACCACAGGCGGCAAUGGUAAUUGUUCGUGUGUUUGUGUACCACCACCUCCGCCGCCUUGCAAUCCAGAUUCCGGUUAUGGGCCAACUAAUCCAAUAGCCGCACCUUAUGCACCAGUACCUUAUUCGCAACAACAUUCAUCAUAUGGUGGUGAACCAAAAGCUCCAAAUUACGCUUCAGCUCCAAAACCAUAUUCCCCAGCAUCAGUCUAUCCACCUGCUUAUUCGCCUCCGAAGGGAUAUGGCCCAACGCCUGCACCUGUUUACGCACCAGCUUCCAAAGAUUCUUAUUCGCCUACGCCGAGCUACGCGAAACCGUCAAGCUACGGUAAAGCACCUGCAAGUUAUCAACCAUACACCGGACCUUAUUCGCCAUCGCCGAGCUACUCGAAACCAUCCAGCUAUCCAAAACCACAUGAAAGUUAUCAAUCACCUGCCGGACCUUAUUCGCCGCCACCGAGCUACGCAAAACCAUCAAGCUAUGCUAAAACACCUGAAAGUUAUCAGCCGUCCGCCGGGCCUUAUUCGCCGCCACUGAGCUACGCGAAACCGUCAAGCUAUGCUAAAGCACCUGAAAGUUAUCAAGCGCCAACUGGGCCUUAUCAAAAACCGUCAAGCUAUUCGUCAUAUCCACCACCAUCUUCAGAAUCUCACACAGCACCAACGGCCUACAAUACACAACCCGCACAUUACAAGCCAUCAGCAGCCCAGAAAUCACAUGCAGCGUCUCAUGGAGGUGCUCCUAAAGUCUAUGAUUUCAACGGGAUACCAGGUGACGCUUAUAUGUACAGAUCGGCCAAUGGAGAAGAUAGUGAUUUAGAGGGCGAUUCGCAGAUUGGAGAGUCAAAUGCUCGGUCUGCAGGAUAUGGUACCACCUCUCCAGCCUAUUCUGAUUCUAAACCGGAUGCAGCCUCAAGUCCGGCCUACAACGCAGAACCAAAAGAACAAUACGAUCCAUCAAAGUUAUCCACCGAUGCAUCGAAACCAUCGUAUGAGGCACCAAAACCAUCUUCAUCAUAUGGUGGCUAUCCUGCACCCAAACCAUAUGCGCCAUCUGAAUAUGGAGCGCCAAGUUCAGCCUAUCCUGCACCUAAAAACUCGUACGGACCAAAAUCGUACGGAAACCCAAAGCCAUACGAUCACAAAUAUGAUGCAGAUCCAUCGUACGGAUCCCAAAAUUCAGUAUACGGAGACCAUAAACCAACAUACGCCUCGAAACCAACUUACCAACCAGCAAAACCUGGAUAUACACCUCAAUCACAGACACCCCAGAACUGUGGCGAAGAUUUGUUCGUUCAAUGUGCACCGACUGUUAACAUCGCGCCUUGCUCAUAACCAUAUCAAUACGUUCACUUAGUCGUGUAAAAAAACUGCUUUUAUAAUGGAAACUCUUGCUGACGCCUGCCCGAAUUAUUUAGAAAAAUGUACAUUUUGUAAAACAAAGUAACAAUAAUAAUAUACGAAAUGUUAAAAAAAUUAACUAACAUG